AUGGCCGCGGGGGGCCCCUACGUGCAGGGUGCCCGGGUGUGGAUCCCUGACUGUGUUGAAGUCUGGAAGGUGGCAGAAAUAACCAGAGGUUACAAGGAAGGAGACACCGUCCUCCACCUGCGCCUGGAGGAUGGCUCGGCUCUGCCCUACCCCGUGGGGUCCCAGCUGCCACCUCUCUGCAACCCUGACUGCCUUUCUGGCGCCGAUGACCUGGUGGCCCUGAGCCACCUGCACGAGCCGGCCGUGCUGCACUCGCUCCGCCGGCGCUUCCUGGAGGCCAAGACCAUCUACACCUACUGUGGUAUCGUCCUCGUUGCCAUCAACCCCUACGAGCCGCUGCCCAUCUACGAGGAGGAGGUGAUCUACGCCUACAGUGGCCGUGAGAUGGGGGACAUGGAUCCCCACAUCUUUGCUUUGGCAGAGGAGGCCUACAAGCAGAUGGGGAGGUUUGGGAGGAACCAGUCCCUCAUCAUCAGUGGUGAGUCGGGCGCGGGGAAGACGGCGUCAGCCAAGUAUGCCAUGAGAUACUUCACCACUGUUGGGGGCUGCUUGGGCAACUCCAGCAUGGAGGAGAAGGUGCUGGCCUCCAGCCCUGUCAUGGAGGCCUUUGGGAAUGCAAAGACCACCAGGAAUGACAACAGCAGCCGCUUUGGGAAGUACAUCGAGAUCGGCUUCAGCCAAGCGCAGGUCACAGGGGCCACCAUCAGAACCUACCUACUGGAGAAGUCUCGUGUCACCUUCCAGGCAAAAGCAGAGAGGAACUACCACAUCUUCUACCAGCUCUGUGCCUCUGCCACCCUGCCUGAGCUCCAGGGCCUGGGUCUCCGUGGGGCAGAGUCCUUCCACUACACCUGCCAGGGCAGAGCAGCCCAGAGCACCGAGGAUGUGGCUGAGCUGGAGGGAACCCGCCAUGCCCUGACACUGCUGGGUGUCCCUGAGGCUGACCAGCUGGAGCUAUUCAGUGUCCUGGCUGCCAUCCUGCACCUGGGCAACGUUGUGGUCAGAGUGAGGGAGCGUCGUGGGGACAGCUGCUUUGUGGAGGCUGCUGAUGAGGCCCUAGGACAGUUCUGCACGUUGCUGGGGGUUGAGGCCUCCCAGGUGAUCCACUGGCUCUGCCACAGCAAGCUGGUCACUGCUGGCGAGACCUACCUGAAGCCCCUCUCCAGGCAGCAGGCACUCCAAGCCCGGGAUGCACUGGCCAAGCAUAUGUAUGGACAGGUCUUCAGGUGGAUGGUGAGCAGGGUGAACUGUGCCCUGCGGUCCCUGGAGGGCCACUCUACUUCCAUUGGCAUCCUGGACAUCUACGGUUUUGAGAUGUUUGAGCUCAACAGCUUUGAGCAGUUCUGCAUCAACUAUGCCAACGAGAAGCUGCAGCAGCUCUUCAACCUGCAUGUCUUCAAGCUGGAGCAGGAGGAGUAUGUGAUGGAGGAGAUCCCUUGGGUCUUCAUUGACUACUGUGACAACCAGCCAUGCAUUGAGCUCAUCGAGGGUCGGCUUGGCAUCCUGGACCUGCUGAAUGAGGAGUGCAAGAUGCCCAAAGGCAAUGAUGGUAGUUGGGCCCAGAAGCUCUACAAGACCCAUCUCACUAGCUCCCACUUCCAGAAGCCCAAGAGGCCCAAGGAUGCUUUUGUGGUCUGUCACUUUGCUGGCAAGGUGGAAUAUCAGUGUGAUGGGUUUGUGGAGAAGAAUGGGGAUGCUGUCCCUGAGGAGCUGGUGGGGCUGCUGAGAGCCAGCAAGUCUGCCCUGCUCACCGAGCUCUUCCUGGAGGAGGGGCAGGGCCCCGUGUCCCUGCAGUCCCGCAGGUCCAGCGGGCACCGGGCGGCUGCUCGGCCCGGCCGCAGGUCCCUGCCCGGCAGCCGCAAGAGCAAGAAGUCCAUCUCCAGCCAGUUCAAAGCCUCCCUGAACCGGCUGAUGGAGACGCUGGGCAGCACCACCCCCCACUACAUCCGCUGCAUCAAACCCAACGAUGCCAAACAGCCCUUCGUGUUUGACUCCAGACGAGCAGUGGAGCAGCUGCGAGCCUGCGGGGUCCUGGAGACCAUCCGGAUCAGUGCCUUGGGCUACCCCUCCAGGUGGACGUACCAGGAGUUCUUGGAGAGGUACAGGGCUCUGGUGAGCAGAGAGGAGCUGAUGGGCACUGACACAAAGCAGAUCUGCAGCCUUGCCCUGGAGAGGCUGCUCCAAGAUCCCAGCAAGUACCGCUGUGGGAAGAACAAGGUGUUUUUCCAGGCUGGGCAGGUGGCUCAGCUGGAGGAGCUGCGGAGCCGGCGGCUGCGGGCGGCCUGUACGUCCCUGCAGCGGUGGCUGCGGGGCUGGCUGGCCCGGCGGCGCCUGGCGCGGGCACGAGCUGCGGCCGCCUGCCUGCAGCGCCACGCGCGGGGCCUGCUGGCCCGCAGGUUGCUCAGGAUGCUGAGAAGGACCAAGGCUGCUGUGGUGCUGCAGAAGACCCUGAGGAUGGUCCUGGCCCGGCGCUCCUACCUCCGCCUGCGCCAGGCUGCCCUCACCAUCCAAGCCUUUGCCCGGGGCAUGUUCGCCCGCCGCCUGUACCGACAGAUGGUGUGGCACCAGAAAGCCGUGGUGAUCCAGGCUGCUGUCAGGGGCUGGCUGGCCCGCGCCCGCUACGCCCGCCUGCGCGGGGCCGUCGUCUUCCUGCAGAGCUGCUGCCGGCGGGCGCGGGCGCGGCGGGAGCUGCGGCGGCUGCGGGUCCAGGCCCGCUCGGUCGAGCACUACAAGCAGCUGCACAAGGGCAUGGAGAUCAAGGUGAUCCAGCUGCAGUGCAGGCUGGAUGAGCAGGCCCAGGAGAAGCAGCAGCUGGUGGAGCAGCUGUCGGGGCUGACUGCUGCCCAUGCCCAGGAGGUGCAGCGCCUGCGGGCUGAGCUGCAGCUCCUGCGGGAGGAUGUGGCCCGGGAUGCUCGGGUCCAGCAGCUGCAGGAGCGACUGGCUGAGCUGGAGAGGCACCAUGCAAAGAGUUGCCUGGCCCAGGAGGUCGAGGAGCUCCGGCAGCGCUUGGCAGAGGUGGAGGCCGUGAAGCUGCAGCUGGGGGAGGAGCGGGACGCCCUGAUCCAGCGCACGUUGGAGCAGUCGCAGGACCUGGAAGAGCAGCACCAGCGCUCGGCGCGGGAGAGCCAGGGGCUGCGGCAGGAGCUGGAGGAGGAGCGGGCGCGGUACCAGAGCCUGGUGCGGGAGUACACCCGCCUGGAGCAGGGCUUCGAGAGCCUGCGGGACGAGAUGGCCUUGCACAGGCAAAGCACCUUGAGACGGUCCCCUUCGACAGAGAGCUUCUUGGGCUCUGAGAGCAGCUACUUGUCCUCCAUGUCCACAGCUCCCUCACAAGACGGCUCUGACCAGCAGGCUGAGGCUCGUGGUGGCACUGGUGGGGUGGAGGGGCCAGAGGAGCACGGGCAGCCGGUGCCAGAGGGGCUGCAGCCCCAGCCCAGCAGUGAGGUGCCACUGAAUGGUGGUGUGGGCCAGGAUCCCUUUGAGAAGGCCUACCUUCUCCUCCUGGGGCAGCUCAGUGCAGCCAACGAGGAGCUGGCCCGGACCCGGGAGGAGCUGCGAAGGUGCAAGGCCCCCAUGGAGCAGGAGAGGAAACCCUUGGACUUCCUCAAGCGCAGGAACUUGGCUGAGAUGCUGGGGCUGGGCAGGAGCCCAGAGAAGGGGGCAGUGGAUGAGGACCUGAAGCGGGCGUACGAUACGGUGCAGGCUGCCAACAGGCUGCUGGCGAGUCAGCUGCAGGAGGAGAAGCAGCAGCACGAGGAGGAGGUGGAAGGGCUGCACCUCGACAUCCGCUCCCUCAAGCAGCUGAGCCAGCAGCAGGCAGCUCUCAUCCAGGACCUGCAGCGGCAGCAGGGGCAGGAGGGGCUGCAGCACCACGUCCUGCAGCUCAAGGAGGAGAACUGGGAACUGUCCCAGAAGCUGGAGAAGCAGGAGAGGACCACACUGAAGCUCCAGAAGCAGCUGAGAGCCUAUGCAAAGCAGAUCCAGGAGCUGACAGCAAAGAGAGAGGCUGUUGGGCCAGCACAGGAACUGGCAGCAUCUACUGUGGCCCUGUCCUGGUCCCCCAUGGUCCUGCCUCAGGCUGGGCUGUCUCAGGCUAUGCUGGCAUGGAGGAUGGAGGACCAAGGGCGCAUCAUCAAGGCCAUCAUCACAGACUACAGACCACAGAGCAGCCCUUGGGCCCUCCCAGACCUGCCAGCCUACAUCCUCUUCCUGUGCCUGAGGCAUGCAGACCACUGCUGUGACGAGCCCCGGGCCUGCUCGCUCCUGGAUGCGGCCAUUGAUGCCAUCAAAAGGGUCAUGAAGAAGCAGAGUGACAACCCUGAGGUGGUGACACUCUGGCUGGCCAACACCUGCCGGCUCCUCAACUGCCUGCGCCAGUACGGGCAGGAGGAGCGCUACUGGCAGGGGAACACGGCGCGGCAGAACCAGCACCGGCUGCGGCACCUGGACCCGCGGGGCUCCUGCCGCAGCCUGGGCGCCCUGGGGGUCCAGCUCUACCAGCAGCUCAUCCGCACCACCGAGAAACGCCUCAAGCCCAUGAUCGUUGCCGCAAUGCUGGAGAGUGAGCCCAUCCAGGGCUUGUCCUCCUCCUCCUGCCCUCCCGGCCGCCGCUGCUCCUCGCCAGCCCCUGCCCACACUCUGCCCGAGCUGCUGCAGGUCCUGGGCUCCUUCCGUGCGUCUCUGGACCACCACGGGCUGGCCCCCAGCGUGGGCCACCAGGCCCUGCGCCAGCUCCUCUUCCUCCUCAGCGGCACCACCCUCAACUACCUGCUGCUGAGAAGGGACACGUGCUCCUGGAGCCGUGGCAUCCAGCUCAGGUACAACAUCAGCCAGGUGGAGCAGUGGCUGCGGGCAGAGGGGCUGCAGCAGAGCGGGGCCCGGGAGGUGCUGGAGCCCCUGGUCCAGGCUGCCCAGCUGCUGCAGGUGAAGAAGGUGACAGAGGAGGACGCUGGAGCUCUCUGCAGCCUGUGCACGGUGCUGUCACCCCAGCAGGUUGUGAAGAUCCUUCGGGCUUACACCCCGGCUGCAGGGCUGGAGGAGCGUGUCAGUCCCAGCUUCAUCAGCAGAGUUGAGAAGCAGCUGCAGGACCAGCAUGGAGAGGGACCCGGUCAGCUGCUGGUGGACACCAGCCACCUCUUCCCUGUGCACCUGCCCUUCACUGCCUCCCCCCUGCACCUGGAUGAGCUUCACAUUCCUGAUGUUCUUGACCUGGCCUUCCUUGUCCGUCUCUGA